GCCAUAGAAAUCUCGCAGCAGUAUCAAGCCGUGCUGGAGGCUGUUCGUGAGGAGCUCAUCGCAACCUUUCAGAAAGCUCAAGUUGAAAGGAGCUGGGGGAAGCUGUCGCUGCAGCUCAUUGAAGCCAAGCGAAGACAGAGGCGACUUCAAGAUCCAAGGGAUGGCACCAGUCAGGCGGAUGAAGGGUGCGGCCAUCGACGGCUCAGCGUCUUUGAGGUGGAACGUCGCAUGCCUGGAACGUCUGAGUGGAAGACGCCCUUCCUACCUACAGACGAUGAUUUGUCGUGGCGAUGGGUGGAGCUCCAAGGGCGGCGGCAUCCCUAUUUGCCCUUGGGCAUGACUCGAUCACAAGCUGCUGCAAGCCAGCUGCCCCCAUGCAGGCUUGGCACUUUGUUCCACGCAGCUUCAGAUUGGGAAGUGCAUCACAGUGCUGGCAGAGAUCGCGAGGGUUGGUCCUACGGAAUCGCGUGGCAGUCCUCCGCAUGGGAGGUAGCCCCUGGACCUUUAGAUACUCUUCGACGUCGCCUUUGGAUAAGGACCUUCACAUGA